AAUUACCUUACCGUUUAAUGUAAACGUUGGCAGAAAUGCAAAGAAAAUUAACUACUAUUUAGCAGUUUACUUUUUUAAAUUUAUAUAAAAUUUAAUCAUUAUAUUAGUCUUUGUUAGCUUGUAUUAUCUUGUGUCUAUGUUAUAAGUUUAUAAAAAAUAUGUUUCAAAAUGAAGACUGGAGUAGUGAUGAGGAAUAUUCGCAAUAUCUAGAUGAUAAAGCACGAGAGUUCUUCUCACUGGAUGAUAAAAAUGAAGAAACAAAAUUUCCUGCUAAAAAACGCAAAUUAGAUAAUGAACAAAAAAGUACAACGAGCGAUAAUAAAGAAGAAUCUAAUAAGAUCGGCAUAAGAUUCAACGAAAAUCCAAAACAAUGCUUUGAAAAUACCAUUUCUUCAGAAAAUGAUGAAAAUAUACAAAGUUCGAGAAGGAAGAUGGUUCUUGAUAUUUUUUACAAAAAAAAUGUCCAAAAUGUAACAGAUAGUACUGUUAGUGUUUCUAAUAUUUUUACGCCUACUCGUUCUCCAAUUGAGAAUAUUUUAAAUAGGGAGAAAAGUAAAGGCAAUUGUAAUGACUCGGAAAUCAAAUUACAAAAAUUAAAUUCUUAUCCAAAUAAAAGUUUUCUUGAUAACACAGUUUCUGACAAAAAUGAUUACAAUGAAAAGUCAAUUAUAAGAAAAAAUAUUUAUAAGGAACGAGAAGAAUUAGAAAAUAUUGAAGAACAAAUAAAUGAAAAGAUUAACAACAAUGUACAUGAUAUAUCUCCAAGUUCAAGAAAAUCUUUAUUAACGCAACAUUUAAAGCCUUCUACUUCAUUUAACAAAAUGUUCUUAAAUGAUACAAAGUCUUCAUCUUCUAUAUUUAACAUCGAAAAACAGUCUAACAAGAAAACAGCUCUUGUAAGAAAAUUUCCAGGACCAGCUGGAUUGCUACCAGAUUUCAUUGAUACUUCUACACUUCCAACAUCACAUUUGAUAAAUGUAGAAGACAGUAAAGAUGAAAGCGUACAAGAUCAGAAAAAUAAUAGUUUAGCAAAGUAUUGUUCUCAGAAUACAAAAACUUUAUUUUCGGAAGGUGCUUGGCAAAUAAUGCUAAAUGAUUUACCUGCAGAAUUUCUGAAAAAUUACCAAAUAGCAGAAGUGAAAAAAAUUGCUAGCACAAAUCAGCAUCGGUCUAUUAAAAUACCAUUUCUUGCAGGCAUAAUAGAAAGUAUAGAUUAUAGUCAUGAAAAUCCUCCUAUCGUGUUAAAAGACUUUACGGAUCAAAUUGAAGGAACUCUACAUGCAGAUAUUCCCGCUACAUAUCCUGGAGCUUUCGACAAAAAUGUUGUCCUCUUAUUACAAAAUGUAGGAUUAUUAUGUAUUUCAGGGACGUUUAUUAUACAUAAAUAUCAUAUUCUAAUUUCACCUUCAAAUUUAUUGGCAAUUUAUUCUAAUGUAGGAGAUAUUAUACGUACACCGCAUAUGGAACUUUUAAAGAACAAAUUCUCCAUGACAAAUGAAUUUAAUUCGGCAAAUUUAUCUCCACUUCAAGAUAAUAAUUAUGAAAUAGAAGAAAAUAGUUGCAAUAAUAUUAUAGAUAUUAGCCAAGAAGGUAGUUUAUCCUCUGAGAAAGUUGGCAACAAAAUUUGUAAAAACCAAAAUUUAUCGCAUAAUUCUAAUAUAGAUACACAUAGUAAUGAAAAACCUUCAUUACCACUGCUGCAAACAUUUUCGACAAAUACAAAUAUAGUACAAAAUAGAGACAAUAUAAAAAAUGCUGCUGCAGCUUGUAAAAAUAAAUCAGCUAACAUAUCUUUACAAAAUAUUGAUAAAACAACGAUAAACAAGAAUAUAGCAGGCUCAAAAAACAAUGUUUUAGUAAAAGAAAAUAAAGAAAAUUUAGUGAAAUAUAAUGACAGUUUAUCUGUAGGAGUCCCAACAGAUGCAUCUUCAAAAUACUUUACAGAUCAAAAUACAAAUUGUAGUGAUAAUAGAGAAAAUAACAAGAAUAAAUGUAAACUAUCCAGAUUGGAAAAAUUAGCGGGUUUUAAAAGUAAAUAUGUUUUAACAUCGGAAAAAUCAAUUUCCGGAGAUACAGAUUUGCCUAGUGAAAACGUGGUACAAAAUAAUAAUAAUAAAUUAGAUAAUAAACAAACACCAUUAAUCAACGAUUAUUGGUCUGCAAAUAUAUUUUGUGAUAGCAAUAAUGAUUCUGAUGAUGAAAUGUUAUCGCAAUUAGAUGUAGACAGUAUAUCUACUUAAAACUAAAAAGAAAAUUAAAAAUUUAUUAUUUCAAUUAUUUCCAUCUCAAAUUAUAAGCGCCUUUAAAAAUUAAGGAAAUAUAUUUACUUAGUAUUUGUAUUUUGUAAAUCUUUUGUUUUCUUAUGUAUUAAAAUUUUCCAUUAAUUAGUGUUACGAUUACAAAAAUACUCCUAUGUUAUUAUAACAUAU